AUGCCGGUCGCCGACGAGGCCAUCGUCACCCAGGCGAUUCUCGACGAUGACGAGCCCAGGUUGCCGCGCAAUGCCAGUACUCCGAAAAGCGGUUUCAGAUUCGGCAAAUGGCUGAUGAUCGGGCUGAGCGGACUGGUGUCGCUUGCUGUCGGUCUCGCCGUUGACAGCCUGAUCCGGGAUCUUUUUGCGCGCACCGACUGGCUCGGCUGGCUGGGCGUCGCGCUUGCAGCAAUCGCAGCUCUCGGAUUGUUGGGACUGGUGAUACGGGAAGUCGGGGGCCUGAUGCGCCUUGGCCGGAUCGACCAUCUGAGAGACCGGCUACAAGAUGCAGCGGACGAAGACGACGCGAGAAAAGCGACAACCGGUCUGAAAGAACUUCUGGACCUUUAUCGCGAUCGUCCGGAAACGGCCCAGGGCCGCAAGGCGCUUGCCGGACAUAUGAGAGAGGUCAUAGACGGGCGCGAUCUGGUCAAACUCGCCGAACGCGACCUUUUGGCGCCACUUGACCAGGAAGCGCGCAAGAUCGUCAUGAACAGCGCCAAGCGCGUGUCUGUCGUCACUGCGGUCAGUCCCCGCGCCCUGGUCGACCUGCUCGUGGUCCUGUUUGAAAACCUGAGAAUUAUCCGUCGCCUGUCGACCCUCUAUGGCGGGCGUCCGGGAACACUUGGGUUUUUGAGGCUCUCCAGGCACGUUCUUGCGCAUCUUGCGAUCACCGGCGGUAUGGCAGCCGGCGACAGUCUUGCAUCGGAAUUGCUUGGACACGGCCUUGCAGCGCGUCUGUCCGCCCGUCUUGGAGAGGGUGUGAUCAACGGUCUCCUCACCGCCCGGAUCGGUAUCGCGGCAAUUUCCGUCUGCCGGCCCUCCCCUUUUAUCGAGAGCAACGGACCCAAUGUGAAGGAUUUCAUGGGAGAGCUGAUCGCGUCAUCCGAAAAGGCCGAAAAGGCAGAGAAAAAUCCGCGCGAAACGUAA